AUGGUUCAUCUAGCUGCUGUGCCUAAUGAUAGCCAUGUCGAAGACGAAUGCAAAAAAUUGAGCCUGUACAACGACGGCCAGGACCAGAGUGAUCUGGUUUCUGUCUAUGGCUCUAGGUUCGCUGCCGAAUGCCUUCCAAGGCAUGAGAUGCCCGAAAGGGAGAUGCCCAAAGAUGUGGCCUAUCGCAUGAUCAAGGAUGAUCUCUCCCUUGAUGGCAAUCCCGUACUCAAUCUUGCCAGCUUUGUCACGACCUAUAUGGAGGAAGAGGCAGAGAAGCUCAUGGCGGAGGCGCUCCCAAAGAAUUUCAUCGACUACGAAGAAUACCCUCAGACUGCAGACAUCCAGAACCGUUGCGUCAGCAUGAUCGCUCGACUAUUCAAUGCACCUACAGAAAGUGACGAAGAGAACAGUAUGGGAACCAGCACCGUGGGGAGCUCUGAGGCUAUUGCAAAUGUUGUACACACGCUUACUGGAGAGCAGAUGCUCGGUACGCUUGCCAUGAAGAGGCGCUGGCAAAACAAGCGCAAGGCUGCUGGCAAGGACUUCUCGAAGCCAAACAUCAUCAUGAAUUCGGCCGUCCAAGUCUGUUGGGAGAAAGCAGCUCGCUACUUUGACGUCGAGGAGCGCUAUGUGUUCUGCACCGAGGAUCGCUACGUAAUUGAUCCUGAGGAAUGUCUCAAGCUUGUAGAUGAGAAUACCAUCGGCAUCUGCGCCAUCCUCGGAACAACUUUCACUGGGCAAUACGAGGAUAUCAAGGGCAUUAAUGAUCUUUUGGUCAAGAAGAAGAUCGAUUGCCCCAUCCACGUCGAUGCCGCAAGUGGCGGCUUUGUUGCGCCUUUCGUGGUACCCGAGCUCGAGUGGGACUUCAGGCUUGAGAAAGUCAUUAGUAUUAACGUUUCAGGCCAUAAAUACGGCUUGGUCUACCCAGGUGUCGGCUGGGUUGUGUGGCGCUCGCCAGAGUAUCUUCCAAAGGAGCUUGUUUUCAACAUUAAUUACUUAGGGGCUGAUCAAGCAUCAUUCACCCUCAACUUCAGCAAAGGAGCAUCUCAGAUCAUUGGGCAAUAUUACCAGAUGAUUCGACUUGGCAAAAAGGGUUAUCGAUCAAUCAUGACGAAUCUGACCCGAACAGCUGACUAUUUGGCCAAAAGUCUUGAGCAACUUGGCUUUAUCAUCAUGAGUGAGAAGGGCGGUAAAGGUCUCCCACUGGUGGCAUUCCGUCUUGACCCCAAGAAGAAGCAUCACUAUGACGAAUUUGCCGUCGCGCAUCACCUCCGAGAGCGUGGUUGGGUCGUACCCGCAUACACCAUGGCUCCGCACAGUGAGAGCUUGAAGAUGAUGCGCGUUGUGGUGAGGGAAGACUUCUCCAGGGCAAGAUGUGACCUUCUUGUGGCAGACUUCAAAAACACCUUAGAUACAUUGGCCGACAUGGAUAAGGCCUCAGUCGACGCGCACAUGAAGCAUGUCAAUAAACAUGCCACUCACAGCGGGAAGUCGAAGCACAACCCCAAGCACUAUAAGGGCGAGAAGCACUCCUUGCAGGGAAAGAGUGGGAAGACGCAUGCUGUGUGCUAG